AUGGAAACAGCACAGCCGUCGCCAGGCUCUCUGAGCUGGCGCCUCAGCUCCCACCCGAUAACCCUCUUGACCUUCCUCGCCUUCCGCGUCUCCUCCCUCCUCGUCUACCUCUUCGGCGUAAUCUUCACGGACAACAUGGUGAUGAUCUUCAUCAUCACGAUGCUGCUACUAGCAGCCGACUUCUACUACCUGAAGAACAUCGCGGGGCGGCGGCUGGUCGGGCUGCGGUGGUGGAACGAGGUCGACCCGUCGUCGGGCGACAGCCAGUGGGUCUUCGAGAGCAGCGAGCCCGGAACCAAGACCGUCAACCCGACCGACAGCCGCUUCUUCUGGCUGGCCAUGUACUCGCAGCCCGUGCUGUGGGUCGCCCUGGCCGUGCUGGCCGUCGUGCGUUUGAAGCUUAUGUGGCUGCCGCUUGUUGUGAUCGCUAUUACCCUCACCAUAACGAACAGCCUCGCCUUCUCGCGCUGCGACAAGUUCAGCCAAGCGUCCAACAUCGCGGGCAGCGCAUUGUACUCGGGUGGCCUCGCCGGCAACAUCGCGAGUAACAUGAUGGGGCGCCUAUUCACAUUCGGUCGGGGUUGA